AUGACUACUUUUUUCCACAUUCCCCGUCUUCUCGGAGUUUCGUCCGCCUACGCCGACCUGGCCCGCGGAUGCUUCAGCGUGGAAGCCUCGCGUACUUCUAUCAAAUAUCAAACCCCAGCCGCAGUUGCGGAGACGGCACAGUGCCAGGCUGCCCGCGCGACGGCCCCUUUGGCCAAUGAAUGCCCAGCGAUUGCAGCUUCGACUAGCGUCGAUCUUGGUCCCUUUAUCGGCAUCCGCUGGCUCUGGGGAAGACGGGGGCGUGGAGGCCAGGAUGCUUCAGAUUGGAUUGCGGAGGAGUCAGGAGCCGGGACCAGACAGACCCCGGCACGCCCAGCCCCGGCUUACAAGCGCACCAGACGAGACGGCGAACUACAGUUUGUCAGGUCCAGCACGCGGCGCGCCGGCGUCGGAGCCUGCAUGAUGCAGGCGUCAAAGGGGACAUCUGUGGGCUCCCAGAAACGGCAACCAUCCGACAUGCUUUGCAGCCGGCGUCGACCGGGCCACCAACCUGGCCUCUUGUGCCACCAGCGUCGACCAUUUAGUAACUAUUUACCAUCCAUCGCAUGUCGCCUCAGUGGUUACUUGUUCCUGCGCGUGUUGCUGGACCUGCCGCGAGCCUCUCUGCCUCCCCCACCUGGAGCACGUCGUAUCAGGCUGGAGCUUUAUACAUACCAGCACGACGUAUGUAUGGUCCCCGUGGCCCCUUUCCUGCCCAACUUGCCAACCUGCCUGCGUACAGUAUGUACAUACACAUGCGUCAAGUAA